GUCAAUGACGUUGUUCCUACACUGGGUACACUGUAUCGCCUGGGUCGACAGUAUAGUUACUUCAACAUUAAAUGGAAUAAAAUGCCGUGGAUUCACUUAAUUAGAAACGUCGCUUAAGCGUAAUUAAUUAAUGCUUCGUAAAGCAGACGGGUCGCCUCUGGAGCAGGAGUCUGCAGGCCUAUUUUCGGUUUUUAUCAGCAAUAUUUCAGGGAGAGGAGCGACGUCCUCUGUCUACACAGCAGCUGCAGGGAAGUUUGUCACUUUGUUCCCUGUGACCCAAACUAUGAACUGAGGUCCUCUGCUCCUUAACUUCACACGUCUCUGCUGCGCCCUCUCUUCACUCUCACCGUCCGACAGUCUGAGGAUUCGACAACUUUGCCUCGCCACACCUGGGCAGAGAAAUGUGUGUGUGCGUGUGUCCUCGGAUGCUGGACUGUGUGUGAUUGUUUUUGGGCUGAAGUAAGAGGUCACAGACUGAACUUCCUCUCUCACCCCCUGAGAGGCACUUCUACACUUGACUGACUGCGACGUUUGUGUCUACAACCACAAAGCAUCAUGGGUAGGAAAAAGAUUCAGAUCCAACGGAUCACCGACGAAAGGAACAAGCAGGUGACGUUCACAAAGCGAAAGUUCGGCUUGAUGAAGAAGGCCUACGAGCUGAGUGUUCUGUGUGACUGCGAAAUCGCUCUGAUCAUCUUUAAUCAUGCAAACAAGCUGUUCCAGUACGCCAGCACUGACAUGGACAAGGUCCUGCUCAAAUACACAGAGUACAACGAGCCUCACGAGAGCCGGACCAACGCAGACAUCAUCGAGACUUUAAGAAAGAAAGGCUUUAACGGUUGUGACAGUCCAGAGCCGGAUGGCGAAGACUCCAUUGACCAGAGUCCUCUAAACGAUGACAAGUACCGCAAGACCACAGAGGACCUGGAUGUCCUCUUCAAACGCUACGGACAGACGGCGGCCCCGCCCCAGACGUUCUCCAUGCCAGUCACCGUCCAGUCGUCCAAUCAAAGCACACUGCAAUUCAGUAACCCUGGCAACGCACUGGUAACUACCUCCUACGUUACAUCAUCAACCCUCACGGAUACCCACCUCCUGUCGCCGCAGCAACCGGCUCUUCAGAGAAAUACAGUGUCUCCUGGGUUGCCACAGCGACCAGCCAGUGCAGGAGCUCUUCUUGGAGGUGACCUGAAUAAUUCAAACGGAGGAUGCCCAAGUCCAGUCCCUAAUGGAUACACCAGUGCCAGGGCCUCCCCAGGCCUCCUCACUGUUUCCAACGGCAACAGUGUGGGGAAAGUAGUUCCGGCCAAAUCUCCACCCCCACCUCCGAGCCCCCAGAUGGUCAACAGCCGCAAGCCAGACCUUCGAGUCAUCACCUCACAGGGUGGAAAGAGCCUCAUGCAGAUGAACGCCCAGCGGCUUGCAGCGGGAGUUCAGGUGGCUCAAACCCUAACCACGCCGGUAGUCUCUGUGGCAACACCAAGCCUGCUGGCACAGGGACUGCCAUUCUCCGCCAUGCCCACCGCGUUCAACUCAGAGUACCAGCUGACCAGUGCAGACAUCACUGCUUUACACGCUCUGGCGUCACCUGGUAGUUUGUUGCCAACCAGUAUGUCCACAUGGCAGCAGCAACAACCACAGCAACAACAGCAGCAGCAAGCACAGCAACAACAACAACAGCAGCAGCAACAAAUUAAUCUGACAUCACUCAGCAACUUGGUCAUGUGGGGCGUGGACAAACAGAGCAGCGACCUGUCUAGCCAGGUGUCCAGUCUGGCUGCCAAUCUGAGUGUUGGCUCUCCGUCCAACCUGCUCUUGGGUAGAGAUGAGUGGUUGGGCCGGUACUGUAUCACACUUCCUGUUUCCUGUGUGUCUGUGCGCUUUUGGCUGACUCUUCCCCCUCAGCAUGUCUGCUGCUGUCUGCAGUCAAACAGGAAAGAGACGUAGAUCUGGUUUCCACCAUGCUCUUUAACCCCAGAUUAUUUUCUGUUUCACACAUCACAUCGUAGCUGCCUCACUGCGAGCCACCCUGUCACAUGAAUCAUUUCAUGCUUCCUGGGCUGUUCUGUUGAUCUUUUUUGGGAGCGUGGGGGGAACGUCUGCUUUAGAGGCUCAGAAUUGAAUUAUUGAAAACAAUGGAGUGUGGCUUUUCCCUGUCGGUGCUGUGCCUUGUAAUGUGAGGUUUUUGUCUUGACGCGAGUGACCUUCCAGCUUCUCAUUUGCCUUUGUUGAGUCGUUAAUCAUUUGUCUGUUUGUUUCUCGCCUUUCCUCUUCACUCUGUCCCUCAUUGUCUUCCUCUCUCUGUCCUCUGUGACCCUGUUCUCAGGCCGGUGACUCACAUACCUCAAGGCGCCAUGCUGACCGUCAACACAAACCCCAGCGUGAGCAUCAAAUCGGAGCCCGUCUCGCCUGGCCGCGACCGCAGCACCCCCUGCCCUCCUCCAUCUUCCUCCACGCCGUCCUCUACAUCAGCCGGGGCCAUCCUGACUGCGCCGCCGCAGUACCCGGGCUCCCUGCUGUGCCUGGAGCCCCCGACCGGCCGCUCGCCUGCGGACAGCGUGAGCAGCAAUGCCAGCUCCUUCGAAGGCAGUGAUCGUGACGACAAUGGUGCAGCUGGAGGCGGGGGCAGCACCACAGGAGGAGGAGGAGGAGGCGGUGGCGGAGGUGGAGCGACAGGAAACAUCGGCCGCACCUUACCACCCGACUUCAGCCCCUCGGCCGAGCUCCUCAGGGCAUCUAACGAGCCGGAGCAGGAGGGAGGAAACAUCAAGCGCAUGAGACUGGACGCCUGGGUCACAUAGAGGCUCAGCACCCACAGGGAGGUUUUGGUGACACUUAAACACCCACAAACACACACACCCACUCUCAUCCUUAAACCCCCACUGCCCCCCUCCCCAACCUCACUGCCAUGUGACACUAUCAUCACACAUCUGCCUCUGUCCGAAAUUAUUCAACUCAGCUGCGUCACCGAGACUUACGAGGCUUUGCCAAAAAAACAGAAAAGAAUAAACUCCUGUGGGGAUCGACGAGAGGAGACGACGGCUUCGUGCUCAGCUGGAUUUUUGACCCGGGUCGGCCCCUUGAACAGAAGGACGGUAGAUUUGAAAGCCUUCUUGCUUGAACAGACUCCCCUUAUAGUCAUUUUUAUUGUUAGACACUUAUCUUUCACUUGGUUUCUGCAUAACCUUCAUGUAUUUACACCCAGCUCUGCUACAUGGUUCGCAGUGUGAUCAGUGGCUUGUUGUCAUUCUGGGACUUUAGCUGUAUGACUCAUUCUUUGAAAUCCAGCAUUGCUCGGAUUGUGUGCUGUCCAUUCUUCCAUUAAGUCACUUCCAAACUGCACUUUUGGAUUAAACGUAAUCUGGACAGGUCUGUGGGGACUGAAUCUGGCACUGAGCGAACAGACUCACUCGGGGUCCUCUGAGGUAAGAAGAGGACGACCCCUGCCAGAGUGCCAAUAUCAACCUCUGUGCAACAAGAAGAAAAAAUGCCAAAUGCCUCUCGCACACGGUGCAGGAGUGCUCACAGAUCAUCAACCGCACUGACUGAAAAAACAACCAGAACUAGGAACUACUUCUUCAGCACCCACUCCUCAGACUGGGUGCUCCUCCUCCUCUUCCUCCUACUUCUCCCGUCCUCUCUCCUCAUCUCCUCUGGAAGCUGGAUGAAAAUUUGUUGCAGCAGAAAUCCAGCCAUUCAUCACUCAGCUUAUUCUCCAGGAGUAGAUGCCAUCCAGUUUAAUGCAUAGUGAGUUUUUUGAGCCUUUGGUGGCUGUUUUUGAGGUAGGAACGUAUUUGGUUCUUUCAGUCCAAGUGUUCUUUCUCUGUUGGUAUUUAAAAAAAAAAUCUGUUUUGAAGGUCUGUUAGUCGUCCUGAAGUAGGGAAUUCUGACUUUGUAUAAAAAUCACUCCUUAUACAAAAGCUUUGAUGUCCUCUUUAGCUCUCUCUAGCUCUCCUUAGCUCUCUGCCGUGUUUGGAAAAAGUGAAAGGAAAAAGACAUUUUCUAUAUUUCUACCGCUUCAGUUGGCGACAGAGUAAAAAUAGCUUUUCAGCUUCAAACGACGUGUAUGUACAUAUGAAUAUAUUUGCAUAGACUUUGCUAGGUAUCCCUAAAAACAAGCAAUGUGUUGAUUCUCAGUGGAUCUGUUUGCAUAUAUGAGUGUGAAUUUGAAAUGUGCAGGGGUAAACGCCGCCGCACUCGGCCGUGCUGGUGGAUCGGACUCGUUUCAGUAAACCUAUUUUAUGCUCGUGUUGAUGGUGUGUGCACUUUCUGUCCCUCACUCACAGAGGCCUGCUUGGUUGUGGUGUCAUCAUAUUCUCCUAACCACACUUUUUAAAAGAACCCACAAUCAAAGACAAGUCGUCCAUAAACACCUGAACAUGGAAUGAUACGGACACUGCCAUUCACUCGUAGUGUAGUUAAGAGAUAAAUCACUUCUUUGAGAAUCAUCUUUAAUCUUUUUCACGUUAAGCAGACACAGAUUUUGCCUUUUUUCACUUAGAAAUGAAGUCAAAAAAUUGGCUACAAAGUGCUGUGUUUGUUGUUUAAUCGUAUGUUUUCUAGUACAAACUGUCUGAACCAUUUCAAGUUAGUGUGUGAGUGUGUGUGCACGGGUUGUUUUUAGCCUACAGAUAGAACGUUUCUCCUGAUUGCUUGACUUUUCAUCCAGUGAGACGAUGCUCAAAGUGCAGGCUGGUGUUAAAGACUGUUUACAACGUGGCUCAAACUCACCCUACACUUUGAAAUCAGUGUAGGUGAAGACGAGGGAGUGGACACAUUGACGCCUUUGUGAGUUGAUGUUGCUCCGUCACGGCCCACCGCAGAACCAAACCAGCGUUUUUGCAGCGACACUGUUGAUUCGUGGAAUAAUCCCAGUGUUGCAUUUUCACUCCGGUGUGGUUCAUUUUGACCUCACACAGGUCAUUUCUCCGUCCUUCUCUCUCUCUCGACAGUGUGGUAGCUUUUCACUCUGCUUUCUUCAACUUCCUCUUCUCCCAAUCAUCCCUGAGAACAAAAUUUGACUCUUUAACUGUUAAAAGAACAGGUUUGACUGUUCUGCGAGAUGUGCUGAUUCACUUUCAUACCUGAGGUUGAAUGAUCUCUCCUCACUCGUGUCUAUUCAGUUCAUUGGAUGCUGAAGCCAGAAGCAGGUUAGCUUAGCAACAUUUAGUGAAGUCCAUAAUUUCAGAAAAUAAAAGAUACAAAUAUUGAUUUACAUUUCCAUCCAGUAGUGUUAUGCAAACAUUUCAAACUGGGUUUAUUGAGAAUCAGAUGUUUUUAUUGCUUCAAUUUGAAGUGGAUGUUUACACCACAUGCUUCAUUAACAUCAUGAUUUGUUUACUAAGUCGCACUUACUUUCAUAAAUACACAAAAGGGGGCGCUGUUGGACUAGCCGUUCAAGCGCACGCCCCGCUUUAGUCCUCGUAACAGCGGUUGCGGGUUCAACUCCCAGCCUCUUCCCCCUGCUCUCUGCUCCCUACAUUUCCUGUCUUUAUUCAGCUGUCCUAUCAAAUAAAGGCAAAAAUGCUCAAAAAUAUAACUUAAAAAAAACUGUAGCCAAGAAGUAAACAUGUAUUAUUUGCUUUAUUUAAACUAGUUUUUACAUUUCUUCUCAGGUUUUCACUCGAGCAGACUGAAAAAGUGCAUUAACAAGUGAGAAUAGAGACUCAUUUAAAGCUCCUGUGAGGAGUUUUAGCUUGUAAUUAAAAAAAGACUGAAAUUGAUAUUGACGUCUUUCUCCAACCAUCAAUUACAAAUGAGACCGUCAGUGACAACCCCAAUCAUUUCAACACCUUCAUUUUUAACACAUGCCAUGGGGGUAGGCGUCCAAUUAAGCUCGCUGCAGUAACAGCUUUUGAUACAUGAUGAUAAUUCUCCACGAGAUUUACAUUUGACUGUUAUAUUAAAAACUGAUAAAGAGUUUUCCUCAGACAACAUGACUUACACACAAUCCCGGCAAUCUGAAAGUUCCUCACAGGAACUUUAAAUUCAAAGAUAUCUGCCUUUUUUUUAGCAUUUUUGUAAAUAAUUGUUUCCGUUCUUUAUGCUAAGCUAAGCUAACAGGCUGCUGGCUGAAGCUUCAGAGUUACCAUGAAGUCAUUAACGUUGCAUCAAUCUUUAAAAUUGAAAACAAACAAGUUUAAUCCUCAGAAAGUUGAGGAUGGAGCUGUUCCGUUUCCUCCUUCAGACGGAGUUAAUGAUCUGUUGACCUCUCAGUCUUUUCUAUUGAAAUAAUAAUAAUAAUAAUAAUGAUAAUAAUAUUAUUCUAGUGAAGAGUUUGUGUUUGUGGGCGCUGAUGGUCGACUGAAAUGUGACACCACACCGGCUGAGGGUCGCUCAUGUACAAAAAGGUUCUCUGUCCAAUCUAGCCGUGUAGUCACAAGACAAUCUAUAUGAGAAACGAAACCUGCACCCCUGUUACUCGUCGUGUACAAUGUUUUUUAGAAUCUCACUAUUUUUGGAUUAAUUUGUGCUGGUGACAGUUCCAUUGUCUAUUAUUAUUAUGAUGAUAUUAUUAUGGAGCUUUUAUUUUAUUGCUAUUUUGUGUAGGAUAGUCGACAGUUUUGAUUUCUCUCUCUCUUAUUUUAUCUUCCUUAUCAUAAACAUAUAGUACUGGUUUCCUUUUUUUAAACAACUUGCUGAAAAUUGCACGAUCAGUUAUUGUGGUAUUAGCAAAUGCAAUGAAGGAAAUACCAGUUAAAUGCUGCAAUUUUAAUUAAGAUAUAGAAUAUAUUUAUAAAAAAAAACGGGAAACAACUGAAAUUAGUAAUUCAUAAAAAUUGAAUAAUGUAAAUGCAUGGGAUACAGGUAACAACCAAACUUCUGUUACACACAGUAAUGAUAAAGGACAUGCAUCACAAGUGAGUUUGACAACAACUCAGAAUAAUGUAGCAUAUGAAAUACUAAAGAUGAAAUUUAUAGCUAAUAUAUUGUGUUGAGCUAGUCUGCUUUGGGUUUUGUUGUAAAGAAAAUAUUUCUUUUCGUUGUUUUUUUGAGAAUGAUAUACAGUUUGUGUAUAUUUUCAUAUACAAAGUAUGCACUGAUAUGUUAUUGAAAUUCUAUACCGCUUUUACAAAAAAGUGUUUGUUGUACCAAAGUAUCCAAGUCCCUUGAGACCUUACCCUUUUGCGUAUGUUUUACCGUAUUUUAUAUAUUAAAUAGACAAACUGAGUGAAAUGAA